AUGGAGUUGGAGCCGGCUGUAGCUCCUGAGGUGGUGGAGCAGCUCUCUUCUUGGGUCCCUCGUGGAAAUUACAUAGAGUCCAAUCGUGAUGACUGCACGGUAUCUUUGAUCUAUGCUGUGCACCUCAAGAAGUCAGGUUAUGUCUUCUUUGAGUACCAGUAUGUCGACAACAACAUCUUCUUUGAGUUCUUUAUUCAAAACGAUCAGUGCCAGGAGAUGGACACCACCGCAGACAAGUGGGUAAAACUCACAGACAAUGGAGAAUGGGGCUCUCAUUCUGUAAUGUUGAAAUCAGGCACCAACAUAUUGUACUGGAGAACCACUGGCAUCCUUAUGGGUUCUAAGGCGGUCAAGCCAGUUUUGGUAAAAAAUAUCACAAUUGAAGGGGUGGCAUAUACAUCAGAAUGCUUCCCGUGCAAGCCAGGCACAUUCAGCAACAAACCAGGUUCGUUUACCUGCCAAGUCUGUCCCAGAAACACCUACUCUGAGAAAGGAGCCAAAGAAUGCAUAAAGUGUGAAGAGCACUCCCAGUUUUCAGAGGAAGGAUCCAGUGAGUGUAUGGAGCGACCUCCCUGUACCACAAAAGACUAUUUCCAGAUCCAUACUCCAUGUGAUGAAGAAGGCAAGACGCAAAUUAUGUACAAGUGGAUAGAGCCCAAAAUCUGCCGGGAGGAUCUCACAGAUGCUAUUAGGUUGCCCCCUUCUGGAGAGAAGAAGGACU